GUAGCAUCCAUUAGGUAGCUUGCCCUGUUAGCUAGCAAACUAGUGAUUCGGCUUGAUUAGCUAUCCAAACAGGUUACCGUACUUUCUCCAUCCUAAUAAUGAUUAGCAUAACUUUAGGUCACUCUCUGCAAUGCAAGUUGAGUUCCUCGAAUGCUUUGGUUACAGUAACGUUAGAUCAGGCAUUUAGCCAAAUAACUAAAGUUUCCGAGGGGUAUACUACGAUCAGGGUUUUCUAAAGCUAGCCAGCUUCAGUUAGCUUCACAUUCCAUUUCAGGCUUCAUCCAUACAUACUACGACGGAGGAUAUUGCUCGUCUGCCUGCCGCCACUUUUGGACAUAAAUGCAGCCGUUUUUUCUCUCUCGAUAUCAAUUCAUUUCUGGGGGACAAUUAAGUACCUAACUGUGAUUGUUUACAAUUAAAACAGUAAAGAAAAUAAACAUAGCUUCUUAGCAAAGAGCAAUUUCUCAAGCAAUCAUUUUUCUAGGACUGUCUGGGAGUGGUCUCAGUGGGGAGGGGAAACCCAACCUGGACUAAGGGUAGACAGAACAUAGUAAAUGUAAAUCCGGGAUACUCAAUUACUACGUGUUACGUUUGAUAUGGCAUGGCUGAAGCCCACCAGGCCGUGGCCUUCCAGUUCACGGUGACUCCGGAAGGCAUCGACCUGCAGCUGUCCCACCAGGCCCUCACAGAGAUCUACCUCUCAGGCCUGCGCUCCUGGAAAAAGAAGUUAAUCCGCCUCAAGAACGGUGUGAUAACAGGGGUGUACCCCGCCAGUCCCUCCUCCUGGCUGUUUGUGGUCAUCGCCAUCCUGGCCACCAUGUACAUGCGCUCCGACCCCUCCAUGGGUCUCAUCGCCAAGAUCCAGGAGCACCUACCUGUCAGUCAGUCUCUGAGUGCCCAGUGCCAGACGGUGGUGUCGGCGGUGCUGUUCAGCACGCUGCUCUGGCUCUCCCUCAUCUUCACCAUGCGCAUGUGCCUCAAGCAGCUGCUCUCCUACCACCGCUGGAUGUUCGAGCAGCGCGGCAAGAUGUCCAACACCACCAAAGUCUGGGUGGCGCUGGUGCGGAUCUUCUCAGGCAGACAGCCUCUGCUCUACAGCUACCAGGGGUCUCUGCCAAACCAGCCUGUGCCGGCCGUCAAAGACACGGUCAAGAGGUAUCUGGAGUCGGUGCGGCCGCUGAAGACCCCUGAUGAGUUUGAACGCAUGACGUCGCUGGCCACUCAGUUUGAGAGCAGCCUGGGGAACCGGCUACAGUGGUAUCUCAAACUCAAGGCUCUCUGGGCUUCCAACUACGUGAGCGACUGGUGGGAGGAGUACAUCUACCUGAGAGGACGGAGCCCUAUCAUGGUCAACAGCAACUACUACGGCAUGGACUUCUUGUAUGUGACGCCCACCCCCAUCCAGGCUGCCAGGGCAGGCAACACCCUCCAUGCCUUCCUCAUGUACCGCAGGAAGCUCAACAGAGAGGAGCUCAAGCCUAGUCGUGUUCCAGGCACUGUCAUUCCUCUGUGUGCAGCUCAGUGUGAGAGGAUGUUCAACACCACACGCACUCCUGGAGAGGAGACCGACACGGUGCAGCACUGGCAGGAUAGUGACUAUGUGGCGGUGUACCACCGGGGGCGCUACUUCCGCCUGAGGAUGUACUCGUCUAGCCGGCCGCUGUCACCACGAGAGAUCGAGUCACAGCUCCAGAGGAUCCUGGAUGACCCGUCGCCCCCCUCCCCGGGAGAGGAGAAGCUGGGGGCCCUGACGGCUGGAGACAGAAUUCCCUGGGCUAAGGCCAGGAAGGAAUACUUCAGCUCGGGCGUGAACAAGCGGUCGCUCGACUGUAUCGAGAAAGCAGCGUUCUUUGUGACCUUGGACGAUGACGAGCAAGGCGUGAUGGGAGAAGACUCAGCUGCUAGUCUGGACCGUUACGCCAAGUCCCUGCUCCACGGGAAGUGUUACGACAGGUGGUUUGACAAGUCUUUCUCCGUGGUGAUCUAUAAAAACGGGAAGAUCGGUCUGAACGCUGAGCACUCAUGGGCCGAUGCACCGGUGGUAGCACACUUAUGGGAGUAUGUGUUGGCCACAGACAGUUUCCAGCUGGGGUACAAUGAAGAGGGCCAUUGUAAGGGAGAGGUGGAUGCCUCUCUACCCCGACCUCAGAGACUGAGCUGGGACAUCACCCCAGAGUGUCAGGAGCAGAUCUCCCAGUCUCUGGGGGUGGCCCAGGCCCUGGCCGAUGAUGUGGACUUCCACGUCUUCUCCUUCCGGGACUUUGGAAAGGGCAGGAUGAAGAAGUGCCGCAUCAGUCCCGACGCCUACAUCCAGCUGGCCCUUCAGCUGGCCUACUACAGGGACAGGGGCAUGUUCUGUCUGACCUACGAGGCCUCCAUGACCCGUUUGUUCAGGGAGGGCCGGACCGAGACUGUGCGCUCCUGCUCCAAUGAAAGCUGUGCCUUCGUCAAAGCCCUGGAGGGAGGAGAGGGGGUAGAGGUGUGCAGGAGGCUUUUCCGCCAAGCCUCAGAGAAGCACCAGAACCUGUACAAACAUGCCAUGACCGGCGCCGGCAUCGACAGGCACCUCUUCUGUCUCUACGUGGUCUCCAAAUACCUUGGCGUGGACUCUCCCUUCCUGAAAGAGGUGCUGUCCGAGCCAUGGCAUCUCUCCACCAGUCAGACUCCUGUCCAGCAGGUGGAGCUGUUUGACAUGGUCAACCACCCAGAGUACAUCUCCUGUGGCGGAGGCUUUGGCCCGGUGGCAGACGAUGGUUACGGGGUGUCCUACAUCAUCAUGGGAGAGAACAUGAUCAACUUCCACAUCUCCUGCAAGCACUCCUGCCCACAGACUGGCUCCCAAAAGUAUGGAGGUCAGAUCAGGCAGGCCCUGCUGGACCUGCUUCAGCUGCUCUGCCCAGACCAAAGAGAACCCUCUAGAACAGACCAGAGCCAGACCAAGAAGGACCUGUAGAUCUGGAGAGGAGAAACAGAAUCAAGGGGGAAGAGGAGGAAACGGGGAGAUG